AUGGACUUCUGGAGGAAUGGUGAGGUUGGUCUUCCGCUGCCAUAUCGACAUGAGUUUCAAAUGUCUAUAUCAGAGACCGAUAAUUCAAAUGCAGGGACCCAGAAAACAAAAGGCAAAGGCAAAGAUGCAGGGAGGAAGCGCAAGCGGAAUAUUGCUCCACGGAUGAUAGGAAGUGCUGAUCAAUUUUGUAUAUACAACCGAGCAGACGGAAAAAGGGCUCCAGUUGUUUUGAUUGAAUACAAAGCACCGCACAAGCUUCCUUUGGCAGACAUUGUUACAGGACUCAAAGGGGUGAUUCAACCGGCCACAGAAAUCAUCAAUAAAGAAAGUGAUGAUUGCGACUUCAUGUCAAAGACCCUUAUAGCUGCUGUCAUCACCCAGUUAUACCCCUCCAUGAUAGGAAAGGGUGUCCAGCGGGGCUAUAUUUUUACCGGACAAGCUAUUAUUUUCCUCAAUAUACAGGAUAAUCCUACUACUGUCCUAUAUCACCUUUCCAUUCCGCAAGACGACUUUCAGGAUAAGGACGAGGGCAGUCUUCACAGGACCGCAGUCGCACAGGUUGCCGCGUUCACCCUGACCGCGCUUGCCACUGAAUUGCCUGGUCAAUCGUGGCACGAUGCAACUGAAAAUUUAGGCACUUGGGAUGUUGAGUAUAUCGAUAUCCUCAAGAGCAUUCCUGAGUCGGCUCGAAAAGCGGCUCGAACUUACUUAUACAAACCGGGCGCUUGGAAACCCUCCUCCCGGUCGCCAAUUCAGACACGAGCCCGGCGCAGCCUAGCUACCGGGUGCAACGACAGGGCUGAUAAUCCAUUCCGGGAUAAUAAAGAUGACGACGAAUCUCCCGAGGGCUUUAUUACUCCGACUCCUAGCAGAGCCAACCUCCCAGGUAUAUAG